AUGGACUACUGCGACAGUGAUGACCAUAUUGUUGCAUUAAUAAAAAAUUCAAUACCUGAUCUAAUAUCUGUAUACAAAACAGAAGCAAACAAAGGGAUCCUAUCCACUUCAACGAUGUCAUUAGAUGAAAAAGAUCCAAAAUUGUUAUCUAUCUUAAAUGAUCCCCAAGUACCUCAAAAAAAUGAUACUGAGAAAGUAGCAGAUGUCAAUAUUGCAUUUUUAAAUACUGUAAUUAAACCAAAUUCAUACAUACAAACGGAAGAUGGAAAAGUUUUCAGUCCUGAAGCGGCCAUUGAAAGAUAUAUUAAUGGUGUGAAAUAUUUUCAAAAAGAUUUUAGUCUUGUUGACGUUACUAACUUGGGGUUUUGGAGAGCAACUUCACAAAAAUCAAGUGCUCCAGUCAAGAAUAUUUAUGAUGACAAUCCUACAACCUAUUGGCAAAGUGAUGGUGUUUUGCCUCAUGUUAUAGAAAUUGAUUUUAGCAAAAGAAUGGAAAUCUCGAUUAUGGCAUUAUUUUUUUCAUAUAGUUUAGACGAAUCUUAUUCACCCUUUGAAGUUAGUGUAUAUGCUGGUCAUAAUUCUUUUGACAUGACGCAUUUGAAAACUUUAGAAAUGGAAAAUGUUAACGGCUGGGUAUUGCUUAAGUUUAAUAAUAAUAGAUUAGGUGAUAAUUUGUUAAAGUGCAAAUAUGCCAAAUUUACAAUAAAAUCUAAUCAUCAAAAUGGUAAAGAUGCACAUUUAAGGGGAAUAAAGUUUUUAUCUCCAAGACAUAACGAAUAUACAGAUAUGAUAGUAGAGGCACCAUAUAGCAGUUUUAAACUACAAUCAGAGGCAUUUAUUAGAUAG